UUCGGUCACGUGAGCAAAAUGGCGGCUUCUCAAAAGGUCGGAGAGCUUAGCCCUCAGACAGUAAUACGCCUCGAAACGUUACAAAAUCCUGAAAAUGAAGACGGACCCCCAGCGAAGAAGUCCGUAUCACAUUUUAAAGUGGAAGGGAUACUCCGUGAAUCUGCCAGGGAGAAAAGCAUUUUCGUACAAGGAAAGCUUGAUGAACAGGAGGCUAUAAUCAUCCUGGAGAAAACGCCAAUCACACAAGCUGUCGUUCCAGAGUUGUUGUUGAGCACGCAGGUACUGGAGAUGAAGAACGACAUAUACAGCACCUACCAUCUCCAACCACCACCAAACCUCAACGAAAUUAAGACCACUGUGAUCUGCCCAGCGACGGAGAAACACUUCAAGAAGUACCUGCGUCAAGAGGUGUUUCUCAUUGAGGAGACUGAGGAUGAUUAUCAGUCCAUCACACGCCCUUACAUAAUAACAAAGGGCUUGAGUGUGGAGUGGGUUAACAACAUCUUGGAAAAGAAAUCUGAGGCUGAUAGGAUUAUUUUUGACGAUCCAGACCCGCAAUUUGGUUUCAUCCUGAUUCCAGAUUUCAAAUGGGACCAAAAGCAGAUGGACAACUUGCAUCUGAUCGCAAUCGUAUAUCCACCCGACCUUAAGAGUUUGAGAGAUCUCACUUCUUAUCAUCUUCCUUUACUGAUAAACAUCCGUGAGAAAGGCCUGAAGGCAAUCGCAAAGCGCUACAACAUCCCGGCCUCAAAACUGCGUGUGUUGCUGCAUUACCAGCCAUCGUACUACCACCUGCACGUACAUUUCAUUCUUCUGGAUUACGACGCUCCAGGGUGUGGUGCGGAGAGAGCACACCUGCUCUCAGAUGUCAUUCAGAACCUGCAGAUCAACUCUAAUUACUACCGAAAACACACGUUUACCUUCCCACUACUGGCAAAUGACGCGCUGCUGAGCAAGUUCAAGGAAGCAGGGCGAUUUUAGAUUGUUUGUUUUUUUUAACUUAAUGCUAGUUGUGUGAUUGAUUGAGAAUGUUAAGGACAUUUGUGUUCCACUUUAAGUCUGAAAAGUUUUCUCAAUAUUGUAUUUUUACGUUUUUUUUAAUGUGAUCUUUGAGGUUUUUUUUAUUUGUUGUUUUUUAUAAAAUGUCGAAUAUUUCUUCGCGAUGUUCUUAAACUUCAAACACGACCACAUUUGUUGCUGAACUCCAGCUUUUUUAAAUGUAUAUUUUAAAUAAAUUACACCUUCUGUUCUUCUUUUUUAGUUUUUUUUUUCUUCUUCUUUUCUCCCAACCAGCUUCACCACGCUGUGAGAAUUAAUUUGUUUGCAAAUCAGAGGGGCCUCUUUGUAAAAUUUUUGGCCCCUUGGAGGAAGAUUGAAUGAAAUCUUGUACCAUUCACGCUUUCAGAGAAACACUACAGCUUUGUAAAAGUGUAGGAAACAGUUAUAAAUGUAAUCUUUGAAAACGCAUUCUUGUGAAUGGGGUUUUUAACCAGAUUGAUGUUUUUCUGUUUGAGUGUUUAAAGAAUGAUUAGUAAGUACAUUGCAGUUGUGUUUCUGGUCAGUUAAUAAAAAGGUUUCAGUUCUGUAGCAAUGUAACAACUGAUUAUAUUAAAGCAAAAAGAGUUUUACUUGUAA